UUCUCUGAGAAAUCCCCCCAUCGCAGCCACUGGCUGCAAGCCUGGGAACAGGGAUUUUGGCUGGAGCUUAGUCAAGGCCGCGGAUCGGAUGGGAGCUGGAGGGGGGUUUUGGGGGACACUGAGCAACACCACAACAGCCGAGGGGUUAUCAAUGGCAGGCCCGGCAGCGCUCACCCCCUUGAGCCCUCCCGGCCACGUUCCGGUGGGCUGCCGCGGUCCAGACACCCAUCGGGAUGUCUCGGGGGAAGCUGGGGAGCCACGCUGGGACGGGACACGCACCCCCACGGGAUGACCCCCUCCCACGCCCCCCACGGGAGGCCCACGCAGCCGGGAGGAGGCUUGGGGGGGCCCCGCACAUGCUCCCUGCCUUGUUUUGCAGGGCCCGGUGGGGCCGCCCCGUCCCGUCCCGUCCCGCCCCCCCCCGGGGCCGCCCCCGGGCGCGGCGGGCACUUAAAGCGGGGCGGGCGGCGGCGGGGCCGGGCUGCGCCACCGGCCGCGCUCUCGCCAUGAUCUUCGAUCGCCUCAAACGCUUCUUCAUCGCGUUGGAUGGUACGGAAGGGGAUGCCCCGACCGCCUUUAGCCCCGGGCAGGCGGUGUCGGGCCGGGUGGUGCUGGAGCUGGCGGCGGCGGCGCGGCUCGGAGCCCUGAGGCUGCGGGCGAUGGGCGCUGCCCGCGUUCACUGGACUGAAUCCCGCAGCGCCGGCUCCAGCACCGCCUACACGCAGAGCUACAGCGACCAGGUGGAGUUUCUGAGCCACCGCGACACGCUGCUGGCACCCCCAGACAAUGGUGAAGUCACUGUCCUGCAGGCAGGAAGGCAUGAGUUCCCCUUCACCUUCCAGCUCCCUGAGACCCUCGCUACCUCCUUUGAGGGAAAGCACGGCAGCGUGCGCUACUGGGUGAAAGCCAAACUGCACAGACCCUGGUCGACAGUGAAGAAGGUGAAGAAGGAGUUCACUGUGAUUGAACCCAUCGACAUCAACACGCCUGCGCUGCUGGCUCCCCAGGCAGGUGCUAAGGAGAAACUUGCUCGUGCCUGGUACUGCAAUCGUGGCCAGGUUUCUGUGACUGCCAAGAUUGACCGAAAAGGCUACACUCCAGGUGAGGUCAUCCCUAUCUUUGCCGAGAUCGACAACUGCACAAGCCGCGCGGUGGUGCCCAAGGCAGCCAUCAUCCAGACUCAGACCUUCAUCGCUCGGGGCACCAAGAAGCAGAAGAAAUCGGUGGUGACCAGCAUCGUCGGUGACCCCAUUGCAGCGGGGAAGCGGGAAGUGUGGCACGGGCGGGCGCUGAAGAUCCCGCCGGUGGGUCCGUCCAUCCUCCAGUGCCGCGUCAUCCAGGUGGAAUACUCCCUGAAGGUUUGUGUGGAUAUCCCUGGGACCUCCAAGCUGCUCCUUGAACUGCCGCUUGUCAUCGGAACCAUCCCGCUGCAUCCGUUCGGGAGCCGCACGUCCAGCGUCAGCAGCCAGUACAGCGUCAACCUGGACUGGCUGAGCACCAUCCCGGAGCAGCCAGAGGCUCCCCCUGAAUACUCAGCAGUUGUGUCCAGCCCGGAGGCCGAGCAGAGCCUGGCUCCGCCAUGCCGCAGCGAGCUCGGCAGCAUCCUGGAAGGUCCUUUCUUCGCCUACAUCCAGGAGUUUCGCUUCCGACCACCUCCGCUGUAUUCGGAGAUUGAUCCAAACCCCCCUUCAGACAACAUCCGUCCACGCUGCAUGACCUGCUGAGAGAAACGCAUCGGAUGCGGUUGACAGCAUAGCAAUCCCUUGGGAUGAAAGCUUGCACCCUCACAGCACUUUGGUCUGGAAAUGGAGACGUGGCGGCCGUGAGACCAGAGCUCCGGCAGCGCCGAGCCCCCGGCUCUGCUCGCUGCCCUCAACUACUCUUGCCGUGACUGUCCCACGGACCGACACCAAGCAUGGUGUUGCGGACUCGUGCAUGGUAGGAGAACACGUGAGACUCCGUGGUGUGGAGCGGCUCCGUGUGUGGUUGGGCAGGACAUGGGGGGUUAAUAACUGCCCCAGGAUUUGGGGGUUCAAAGGGGCAAUAUUUGCUCUCCCCUUGCCUGCAGUGGCCAUGCUCUGGCAAUUCCUGUCAUGGAAAACAGGAGCUUGGAGGUGUUUCUCAGGAUUACUAGAGAAUAUUUUAAUCUUGGUCAGGUUUGAGUCCCGUGGUAAUGCAGGUGCAGCCCUUCUCCUGCAGUAGCUCACCAGGGUUGCAGUUCCCUAAGACAGUGACAGGCCUUUUUCUGGCCAGAUGAAGCAAAGACUUUGUCCGCUGCUGAUAAUCUUCGCCACAAGGCUGGUGAUGCCUGCAGGGGGAAUGGUUUGAGCUAGUUUACCGAAACUCUAAAGGCUUCCAUGGGCUGUUACCAGGGCAGAGGACUUGUAGGACAAAUUUAUGAUCUGCAGCGGCAUUUUGGUGCCAUUUUACUAAGAAAACAGGAAAGCUGGUUCCUGUGUCAGCACCAAACCUGCACAAUGUGCUGAUGCCUCCCCCGUGAUAGGGCUGAAAACCAACCCCCAAAUUGCGGUACCACCAUGGGGGUGUUGGAGCUGUGGCUCUGACAUCUCCCUGGUGGCCAAGGAAAGGAGGAGGACGCCUGGUCCGAGGCUGGUGGCAGCCACAAAUGCUGAUAGGAGAUGUGGAGUUGAAAUAAGUCCUUCAGGGCCAGGAGUCCUGCUCAGGACAGGCUUAAUCCUCCGCCUGUAGAGGGGUUGGUGGCCCCGGUGCGGUGAGGACACAGCGGCAACGGGUGCUCACUGGUGUGGGAGCCGGUGAGCCGGGUGUUGUAGCAAGGACCGCUUGAGCGUGCGUGUCAGGGGCUGACCCCACUCGCUCCGGCAUGACCUGAGCAGAGUUUGGGUGCUGAGGACUCUUGCAUUCCCUCACUGAGACAAUCCUGCCCACGGUGCUGCUCGCUUCCCCGCGCACAACCAAAGCCAAGCGUGCCUUAGCCUCCGUGCUGCGGCCGCGCACUGGGGAUUGCUCAGAUGACUUUUGUAUUUGUGAACACUUUUAUAACAACCACUCUUGUGUCUGAUUACUCUUUUUGUACGACGUCUUGUUGGAGAAUUUUUGUUUGAAAUAAAUUCUUUAAACCCA